AAGAAAAGUAUCCCCACUUUUGUUAGUUGCAGAGUUCAUUUCAAACCACAGCUUUAAACAUGCUAAGAAUAAGCUCUAGUUGUAUUUUAGUUCUUGUAGUUCUUCUACAGAAAGGUGAAUGCCAAACUGGUAGUGGUGGAAGACGGAAUUGGAUGCAAUAUGCGGCAGAAUUCAUGAAUUCACAGGCAGCUGGCGCUGGUACUGGUGCCGCAACGAGCGGAACAGGUGCGGCUGGUAAUCCCUCAUUUAUGAGUGAAAUUUCGAAAAUGGUUCGUGAAAUGUCAACUUCUUUUGGCGGUAGACAAGGAGGAAGGGGCGGCUUUGCAAAUAUGAUGGGUGGAGGUUCAGAAAGGGAUUUCGGCAGCAUGAUGGGAGGUUCAGGCGGGGGUUUUAGCAGCAUGAUGGGUGGAUCUGGUAUGGAUUUCGGAAGUAUGAUGGGGGGCUCCGGCGGGGGAAUGGGAAACAUGAUGAG